AUGGCUCACUCACCUGAUCUGAAGCAUCCUAAGGAUGAGUUUCUUUCCCAUGUUGAAGACGCGAGCCCUAAUAUCUCUCGCAAUGUCAACGCCAAGAUUUGGAACCCUUUGAUGGGAAUAUCCAAAGAUAAUCUGCGUUCGCAAGUCAACGCUUUCUGUAGAGAAUACGGUUUCCAAGACAAACAAGAUGUCUUCUUCAGAGGCGCCCUGGCAGCCCAAAACCCAGUUGACUAUGAGGAUAUUCCAGAGCUGACUGACGAUGACAAGUAUUGGCUAAGGCGUGAAGUCACCAACCGGUGGCAUUUGCCCAAGGCUCUUUACUACACUAUUGCUCUUUGCUCUUUGGGCUCUGCUAUCCAAGGCUGGGACAACACUGGUGCCAACGGCGCAAAUCUGUCAUUCCCCCAAGAAUUUGGCAUUGAGAACAAUGGAUGGCUUGUUGGUGUCAUCAACUCAGGCCCCACGCUUUUUGGGCUUCUCAGUGCCUGGGCUGCUGACCCGGUAAAUAAUCUCCUCGGUCGAAGGGGCACCGUCUUCGCUACAGGACUAUUCUGUAUUUUCCCCGUCUUGGCUCAAGCCUUUACACAAAACUGGUGGGGUCUCAUGAUCUGCCGCUUGUUUAUGGGUCUCGGAAUGGGCAUCAAGAUCUCGACCAUCCCGGUCUUCUCGGCAGAGGUCGCGCCGGCAUCUAUUCGAGGUGGAUUAGUUACAAGUUUCCAACUAUGGGUAUCCUUUGGAAUGUUUGUAGGAUACUGUGUCAACCUGAUCUUUUAUCGGGUUGGAAAGUUGGCGUGGAGAUUUCAACUCGCAUCUGCAUUUGCGCCGGCCAUUCCCGUGGUAGUCUUUGUCUGGUUCUGCCCUGAAUCACCCCGAUGGCUGAUGAAGAAGCAACGGUAUCUGGAAUCAUUUCAGUCUUUCUGCCGCCUGAGAAAUACUGAGAUGCAGUCGGCAAGAGAUUUGUACUACGCCCAUUGUCAAGUUAUGGAAGAGAGAGACGCGUUUGCAGGUGUGAGCUUUUGGCAUCGAGCAUGGGAGCUGUUCUCAGUUCCCCGGCUUCGGCGAGCUGCUGUUGCUAGUGGAUGGAUCGUCAUCAGCCAACAGUUCUCAGGCAUCAACAUCAUGGCCUUCUAUAGCUCAACCAUAUUUGUUGAGGCUGGCUACUCAACGCUUAGUAGCUUACUUGCCUCCAUGGGGUUUGGCCUUGUUCUCUUCGUUUUCGCCUUUCCAGCAGUUUACACCAUGGAUACUUUCGGCCGUCGCAAUCUACUUCUCACAACGUUUCCAAACAUGGCCUGGUGCCUUCUCGCGGCUGGGCUCUGUUUUCUCAUGUCCACCGAAAACAGCGCUCGAAUUCCCUGUAUAGCUUUUUUCGUCUAUCUCUUCACAGCUUUCUAUGGACCUGGGAUUGGGCCGUUACCAUCCAUUUACUUUGCUGAGGCAUUUCCCUUGUCUCACCGCGAGCUUGGCGCGGGUUUAACAAUCUGCAUUAACAAUGCUGUUGGUAGUGCUUUGAGUCUUACUUUUCCCUCACUACUGAAAGGACUCGGGCCUACUGGUGCAUUUGGUUUCUAUGCGGGAUUAAAUAUGCUUGCUUUCGUUGUCAUUUUCUUCAUCGUUCCAGAAACCAUGAAACGCACCUUGGAGGAGCUCGAUUACAUAUUUGGUGUGCCAACUCGACGUCAUGUGUCUUAUCAAGUCGGCACUUGGCUGCCUUGGUGGAUUAAGAAGUACAUCUUCUUCCAGCGCAAAGCGAAACUCGAGCCCUUGUACAAGCUAGACGGUUCAGAUGACACAGCCGGGGCUCAGUAA